AAGGAAAGAAUGAAAUAAAAAAUCUAAAAAUGUAGUUGUUAUUUAAAUAUUGAAAAUGAGUAAUACACUAACUGAAGAACAACCACAUUUAAUAUCCUGACGGUUCAAAAAAAGCGACGAGGUAAAGAACCGUAAAGAAACCCUCGAAGGAGCUUAUAUAUCGCUCACCUAAAAAAAUUAAUUACAUAUUUACAUUAACAUAAAAAAAUUUUAUAACUUAUUCUUCAGAACUCGGACUUACAUCUGUGGUUGCAUUCAUGUAAUGCUCCGAUUCGAGUUGAAACUCUCUUUCCAGGGAAGAUAUCUACGGCCUGGGAUUCCUUCUGGCACCGACGAUUUGGAUACUGUUUGAAGAGAAGCCGAGAUGAUCACCAGGUCGUCUUCUUCUCCCGGUAGAAUCAAUAUCGCGUUAAGCGCUAAGAAGCUCGAUGUCGAUCACCGGUUUUCUCUCCGUGUUUAUUUUCGUAUUGCUGAUAAUAUCCUCAAACAGGCUGACAUAUUUCGAGAAGAGGGGAAUAUAAUAGAUUUAUAUGUUAUGCUCCUGAGGUUCUCAAGUUUGGUCUCUGAGACGAUACCAUGCCACCGAGAUUACAGACUAUCUCCACAAUACAACAAAGUUUAUCUAAGAAAGAAAUUGCUAAAUGCAGUUGCUGAGCUUGAGGAUCUGAAACCAGCUGUCCAGAAGAAAAUUGAAGACCUGAACAGAAAAAGUAUACAUUUACCAAAUAAAUUGGGAAAUUAUAAUAAGGGUAAUCUUCUUGGAUGUUCACAAGAUCGUCAUGUUGUCAAGAAACAGAAUUUCUGUAGUUAUGGAACCAAGGCACCGUCAUUUACUACUCCAGAAUAUUUCCACCAGGGUCCGAGGCCUCAACAGCUGCUUGCCAAGCCAGUGGAUGAUCAGUUUCUCAGAUUAUCAAUAAGUAUGACCCGUCCAAAGGAAGACACUCUGACCAGACAUUCUAUUCUGGGUCCUAACGGUCUUCAUGGGCAACGGCAGCUGCCUCCUAGCAAUGCAAGGAUCACAUAUCCUACAAAUGUAGAUGCCACUCCUGUUGAGAUCCCAAGUGGCAAUGGCAUCCAACAGUUCAAGGGGGAUGUAGUUUUGAUUGGGAAAGACACCAACAUUUAUUUGGGAAGCCAGAAGAAACCGGAAACUACAGUUCCAAAUAACAAUUACAACCCAAUGCAUUGUGUUGAGGAACCUCCUUCAUUGAUAUCUUUUGAAACAGAAGAAAGUCCUAUGGAGAAAGAAGUUACUCCACAACCAUCUCCACCUCCAGUUCAUCCAGAAACACAAGAUUUAAUUCCAUCACCACAAGUUCCCCAACAACCAUCUCCACUGCCAGUUCUUGCAGAGGUACAUGAUUUGCUCCCAAAAACACCAUCUCAUGCCCCUGAGGCAGAAGGAGGAUUGGAUAAUUCUUUGCCUAAUAAUUUGGGCUGCGCUGAAGCUCCUCUACAAUUGCACAUUUCAACUGCUCUUAUGGAUACUUUCAUGAAACUAGCAAAGUCAGACACAAACAACAAUUUAGAGACCUGUGGCGUUCUUGCAGGAUCACUAAAAAACAGGAUCUUCUAUGUUACGGCUCUUAUCAUCCCUAAACAAGAGUCAACAUCAGAUUCAUGUCAAACUACAAACGAGGAGGAAAUUUUUGAAGUGCAGGAUAAGAAAUCACUUUUCCCCCUUGGUUGGAUUCAUACACAUCCAACACAAUCAUGUUUCAUGUCGUCUAUUGAUGUGCACACCCAAUACUCAUAUCAGAUAAUGUUACCGGAAGCUAUUGCUAUUGUCAUGGCACCGAAAGAUACUUCAAGAUCUCAUGGAAUUUUCCGGUUGACAAAUCCUGGUGGUAUGACAGUAAUCAGACAAUGCCCAAGACGAGGCUUUCAUGCCCAUGACCCCCCUGUUGAUGGUAGCCCGAUUUAUAAACAUUGUACAGAUGUGUAUAUGAGCUCCACAUUGAACUUUGAAGUCAUUGAUCUUCGGUGAUAUCAAAAUCUCAUAAAUGAUCACUGCAUCCAGAAAUCUGAUUUUUUUGUUCAAUGUGAUUCCGUUUGAUGGAAUCGGCUGGCAUUCUACGUGACACGUUUAAUUGGGCUUGGGGUUGUCUUCCUUUUUGGAACAGUUAUACUCCCAUAUAUUUGUCAUUGUUUAAGUGCCAUCAAUAUGGUAUGAAACGGCCUGAAUAUCAAGGAUUGUAUGUAUAUAGCUGGACAUUUUUUUAGAUCAUUGAUUGUACAAAGAUGUUAGGAACCCAACACGGAUGCUUAUGACAAUCACAAAUGAUUCAUACACAUACAGGCGGUAAUCAUCUGUGAACACAGAUAAUUAUCAUCUGUGAAUGUAUAAAAUCACAUGUGAUUGUCAUCCAUGGAGAAAACCGUAGUGGGUUUCUAGCAUCAUUGUUUGUAUUUGGCAAUCACAAGAAUCGAAGCUUUGUAAGGAA